GUUGUCGCUGAGGCCGGAAGAGCCUUGAGAGAGCCGGGUCCCGGCACCCCGGCCGGGCGCCGCCGCCGCCCCCUGCCCAGCGCCCGCGUCUUCGCGGCGCCGCCUCAGCGCCAAUAUUCCGGAGAGCAAGCGUUACACGGCGGCGGCGGCGGCGGGGCCCGGAGCGGGAGGCGCCGGGGACCGGAGCGAGGCGGCCCCCGUCGCCGCCAUGGAGGCGCUGGGACCCGGACCUCCAGCCAGCCUUUUCCAGCCACCUCGGCGUCCUGGCCUUGGAACUGUUGGGAAGCCAAUUCGACUGUUAGCCAAUCAUUUUCAGGUUCAGAUCCCUAAAAUAGAUGUGUAUCACUAUGAUGUGGAUAUUAAACCAGAAAAACGGCCCCGUAGAGUCAACAGGGAGGUGGUAGACACUAUGGUACGACACUUCAAGAUGCAGAUAUUUGGGGAUCGGCAGCCUGGCUAUGAUGGCAAAAGAAACAUGUACACAGCACAUCCACUGCCAAUUGGACGCGAUAGGGUUGACAUGGAGGUUACCCUCCCAGGUGAGGGUAAAGACCAAACUUUCAAAGUGUCUGUGCAAUGGGUGUCGGUUGUGAGCCUUCAGUUGCUUUUAGAAGCUUUAGCUGGGCAUCUGAAUGAAGUCCCGGAUGACUCAGUACAGGCACUUGACGUUAUUACAAGGCAUCUUCCCUCUAUGAGGUACACUCCGGUGGGCCGUUCUUUUUUCUCACCCCCUGAAGGUUAUUACCACCCUCUGGGAGGUGGCAGAGAGGUCUGGUUUGGUUUUCACCAGUCUGUGAGACCUGCCAUGUGGAAUAUGAUGCUCAACAUCGAUGUAUCUGCAACUGCUUUUUACCGGGCUCAGCCUAUCAUUGAGUUCAUGUGUGAGGUUUUAGACAUUCAGAACAUCAAUGAACAGACAAAACCUCUUACAGACUCUCAGCGUGUCAAGUUUACCAAAGAAAUUAGAGGUCUCAAAGUUGAGGUGACUCACUGUGGACAGAUGAAACGAAAAUACCGAGUUUGCAAUGUGACAAGACGGCCAGCCAGUCAUCAAACCUUUCCUUUGCAGCUAGAAAAUGGUCAAGCUAUGGAAUGUACAGUAGCUCAGUAUUUUAAGCAAAAGUAUAGUCUGCAGCUGAAAUACCCUCAUCUUCCAUGCCUUCAAGUGGGACAAGAGCAAAAGCAUACAUACUUGCCACUUGAGGUCUGUAAUAUAGUGGCAGGACAGAGGUGUAUAAAGAAGCUCACAGACAAUCAGACAUCCACAAUGAUCAAAGCCACAGCGAGAUCUGCUCCUGACAGACAGGAAGAAAUCAGUAGACUGGUGAAGAGCAAUAGCAUGGUGGGUGGACCUGACCCAUACCUGAAGGAAUUUGGGAUUGUUGUCCACAAUGAGAUGACGGAGCUCACAGGCAGGGUGCUUCCAGCUCCAAUGCUGCAGUAUGGAGGCCGGAAUAAAACAGUAGCCACACCCAACCAGGGUGUCUGGGACAUGCGAGGAAAGCAGUUUUAUGCUGGCAUUGAAAUUAAAGUUUGGGCAGUGGCUUGUUUUGCGCCUCAGAAACAAUGUAGGGAAGAUUUACUAAAGAGUUUCACCGACCAGCUUCGUAAAAUCUCCAAGGAUGCAGGGAUGCCCAUCCAGGGUCAGCCAUGUUUCUGCAAGUAUGCACAAGGCGCAGACAGUGUGGAGCCCAUGUUUAAACACCUGAAAAUGACAUAUGUGGGCUUGCAGCUAAUAGUGGUUAUCUUGCCUGGAAAGACACCAGUAUAUGCGGAGGUGAAACGAGUUGGAGAUACCCUUUUAGGUAUGGCCACACAAUGUGUCCAGGUCAAAAAUGUUGUCAAGACCUCGCCCCAGACCCUUUCCAACCUUUGCCUGAAGAUAAACGCAAAGCUUGGAGGAAUUAACAAUGUGCUUGUACCUCAUCAAAGGCCUUCAGUGUUCCAGCAGCCUGUCAUCUUCCUGGGAGCAGAUGUCACUCAUCCACCUGCUGGGGAUGGGAAGAAGCCUUCUAUUGCAGCCGUGGUGGGCAGCAUGGACGGCCACCCGAGCCGGUACUGUGCCACAGUGCGGGUGCAGACGUCUCGGCAGGAGACUGCCCAGGAGCUCCUCUACAGUCAGGAGGUGGUGCAGGACCUGACGAGCAUGGCUCGGGAGCUGCUGAUCCAGUUCUACAAGUCCACGCGCUUCAAGCCCACUCGCAUCAUCUACUACCGUGGAGGGGUGUCGGAGGGACAGAUGAAACAGGUAGCUUGGCCAGAGCUAAUAGCAAUUCGAAAGGCUUGUAUAAGCUUGGAGGAAGACUAUCGACCAGGAAUAACCUACAUUGUGGUGCAAAAGAGACAUCACACACGCCUCUUCUGUGCAGAUAAAACAGAAAGGGUGGGGAAAAGUGGCAAUGUCCCAGCAGGCACUACAGUGGAUAGUACCAUCACACAUCCAUCGGAGUUUGACUUUUACCUCUGCAGUCAUGCAGGAAUUCAGGGAACCAGCCGUCCUUCACAUUACCAGGUCUUGUGGGAUGACAACUGCUUCACUGCAGAUGAACUUCAGCUGCUGACUUACCAGCUCUGUCAUACCUACGUGAGGUGCACACGCUCGGUCUCCAUUCCUGCCCCUGCAUAUUAUGCGCGGCUGGUAGCAUUUCGGGCAAGGUAUCAUUUGGUGGAUAAAGAUCAUGACAGUGCGGAAGGCAGUCACGUGUCAGGACAGAGCAAUGGCCGGGACCCUCAGGCUUUGGCUAAAGCUGUGCAGAUCCACCAUGAUACCCAGCACACUAUGUAUUUUGCCUGAGAUUCUUGGAAAAGAACUCAACCAAUUUGGCAUCCUACGCAUCCUCAAAUGUUUCAGAUGCCUACUGCCUCUAGAUAGUGCCACGUUGAUUUCAGGUGGUCCCCUACCAGCAGCUCGGAACAGUUAGUUGCACUGAAUCUGUACUUUGCAGCCCUGUCUGAUGCAUCAACAAAAUUGAGCCAUUUUUUAAAGAAAAAAAUGAAAUAGAAACUCAUAGAUUAUGCUUUCUGAUGCACUGGACAAAAUUUUUACCUCAGCGUGCAAAGGCUGAUCAGCCUUGACUUUCUAAAGGACUUAUUUUCAAAGGAGGGUUUCUGUGGGAUAUUUUGCUAGCUGUGGUAUUCACCGCAUCUAGUCUUAUAUGAGGAGUAUUUCCCUUUUCUUUGUUCAUUGAGUGGGGUGUAUGCAUAAGUGGGAGAGAAAAACCAAACAACCUGUUUCAUUUCCAUGCAACUUUUUAAUUGGGUGGGCCCAUAGACUUUUUAAUGGAGAUUUCUGACUUCGCCACUGUAAAUGCCUUUAAGGAGCAUUAAUUUUUGAAAGUUUUACAGAAUUUUAUUACUUUCACUGCUUUAUCUUACUGAUCUCUUCAGGCCUGUGCUGUGGAGUGCAGGUUGCCUGGCAAUUGCACUAUAUUUGGCUGCAGAUUCAAACAGGCAGUUCUCUUACGUGUCUGGCUUUUGUGAGUGUAUGACAUAAUCAAGUGUGAUGCGUGUCACAGGGACAGAUAGCACUGCCAUGGUCAAAAGUAAAAAGUUCUCCCUAUUUGGAAAAAAAUUAGCUUUUAGUAUGUUUCCAAGUUUUUUAAAGUGCCCAUUUUAUGCUGCUAUGUGGUUUGUUAGAUCUAAAUGAUUUUUAAACUUCUCUCAUAGAAAGUUAACUUUGGCAAUAAGCAUUUUUAAGGCCCCUCCCUUUUCUCCCCCAACAAGGUAGUUUUAUAGAUUAAAUUUUGGUAUGAUUUUAUCAACUAUUUCUUAAUAUAUCAUAACCUGGAUAUUCUGUAACCAGUCAGUUGAUAAAGACAUAUAUUUCCACACCCUUUUAAAUAAUUGUUUGUUUUUUUUAAACCUAUUUUAUAAUCAUAGUCUGUGACCUGUCACCUUUUUUUCUUUUAAGAUAAGCUGGAACCAGGAUACUUCCUAAUUAGCCAGGCUUUGCCAAUGUAUAAGGCACAUUGAGUGAUGCUGGACUUAAAAAAGAAAAAAAAGUACCAGCAUGUAAAAAGCUCGUUUUCCCUGGGAAUUAAGGCUGUGCACACAGCUGUUUACAGUACAGUUCUGUUUGCUCUUCUCUCAGCCUGAAAUGUGCUUGGUGGCUUUGCCUUCCUCUUUUUCAGCUAAAACUAUGUGGAAGAAGUUGAUUUUUCCCCUUUUUCUGUAGAGUCUGGACUCCCUCACAGGAAGACAGGACUCCUUUUCUUGUCCAGCAAAGGGAGUUGAUACAAAGCAAGCAUCAUUAGAAACUAGGGGAAAUGGAUUCUGUAUUUAAUGUAGAUAAUACUUUGUAAAGGACAAGCGUUACAUAGUCUAGGCAGUUCCACCCAGGGUUUCCCAACCCACAUUUUACUCUGUCCCCGAAGGGCAAGGGGUGAAAGAUAAGAGGCUCUCUGGAGAGCCCCACUCCUUGAGCUGAGGAAGGAGCUGGGAAGAGACAAACACAAUAUACUGAAAACAAUUUUGUUGUCUCUAUCUAGAAACCAUUGGUGGGAAACACUGGAUCAGAUGGUGAAGGAUGUUUGCUUGAACUCAUUAGUUGAUUCAAGAUCCAAAUCUGUUGAACUAGCCUUCUCAAAAUCCCAGCAAUACAUAGCACUGUUCUCCUUCAGUCUUUUCAACAAGCUUGUAAAUACAUUAAUGUUUACAUUUCCAUGUGCUGUUGCUCGGCAGUGCCACCAGCAUUAGCUGAACUGGUCUCUGAGAGAGUUUUAUAAUGUCCAUCGAGUACUUUAGCUCGUGAGGAUGAGUGCAGACAUCCUUAAUCUCUGCAGACAGUGGGGGAAAGCAAGUCCUGUGGCUGAAGCACAACGAAGGCAGGAGUGAAGGCGGCUGAUACUUUUUUUUUUUUUUUUGCGAAUACCUCACUUGGAUAAUACAAAUCUGGACAUGUUGAUCAAUGGCUGGCUGCCCCUUUUGUUCACACUCAUUCAGGGAGAGCACAGAAAAUACUCUUCAGCACAGCCGCUCUGGAUCCAAGAGGAGGAAAAAAAGUGGGAGCUUUUUAGGAGAAUGAGGACUCACCUGGAGCCUGUGGCGUGAAGAACUCUUGGUGGCUGGCUAGCUGGCUGGCUGGCCAGCAGGCACCACACCUGCACUUGAGUGCCGCAGUCUCACUGGUUAACAAUGCACAGAAGAAAGUCUUGCCAUCUUCCUGCAUGAUGGAACAGGAAGCAAGCUGGGUGCCCAGAAGCCCUGAUCCAUUUGCCUGCAGUUGGGUUCCAUGCUUGACCUUGAACAAAAUACCUGAAACACCUCAACCUGUCCUAGUAUGCUGUGGCCUAUUAGUGUGGUGGUGGAAGAAAAGCCAGAGGCCAGUUUUUGUAGGAAAACAGUACCAUUAAGGGUGUGAUGCUGUUGCUUUGGACAAAUGGAAAGAAAUAUGGAAGAAUUAGGAUUGUUGGGGAAAAGCUUGCUGAGGGGUGAAUAGUUAAGAGGUGAUCCCUGCAGAAUCAGAACUGCAGUAAUAGUGUCGCAAGCAUAGUUUUAAUUUAAUUAGGGUUGACAGUUCAAAUAGUUCUCCACUCGAAACUGACUGAAUCGUUAUGCAUGUGUCAAUCAAUGGGAGGUGUGCAUUCUCUAGAAGUAGUGUUAGGCUGUCUGGUUUUCCUAAACGCAGCCUAUUUAGGCACUGUCAAGUAGUGUGAAAGAUUGCAGUAUGGCAACGCUGAAGAAUAACAGUUUGGGGCUAGGGAGCAGAGGACAUUAAGAGUGGGGAAGACCCAAAUGUUGAAAUAAUUAUAUUUUGUUGUUGUUAGUUGUUGAGUCCUGAGCCGUUUAUGAAGUGAACCAGCUGGCUUAAUGCAGCUAGCGUUCUGGGCAGGCAAACCACAUUCACUCCUACUGUAAAUUCUAUAUGCUGCUUCCAAAGGUGAUGACUUACAAGCAGGCAUGUUCUGUAUGACCUGUAUUUUAGCAUCCGAUGCCCGAUCUAUAUCCUGUGCCCUUACCCACCUGACUCAGCUGCCUAUUCCUUCCCCUGGGAAAAGAUAAUCCACUGUUUUAGCAAGGCUCACCCUCUCUACCCUAGUCACCCUCUGUGGAUAUAUUAUACGAUUCUCUUGCUCAUUAGCAAGGUGGCAGCUCAGCUUUCAUUUUAAGAAAGUGGAGGUUAAGGGCAUUGUAUUAAUAUUGCUUCAACUCCAAGAAUUUUUUCUUGUAAAAUUAAAGGAAAGAUCUUUAUUGGCCAACUGUUUUCUUUUCCCUUGCUAUUGACAGAUACAUAUUUUUUCUGUGUCUACUGGCUGAAAAUGUUUGUUUGUUCAUCUAACGGUGUGGUUUUUGUUUCUCUAUGGUUAGACUUGUAAUGUUUUAAAAUGUAUUUUAUUAAUUUGGACUGGAUAUCUGUUUCUAGCAAUACGAGGUACUUUGUAAGCAAUUAAGGAAGGGUUUGUAUCCCUGUGUGAGAUAAGGUGAUGGUUGCUUAAAAAAUUUUUUUUGGCCUGCAGGGAUAUUUUGUGUUCAUGUGUCCAAAAAGAUGGGUAGGGGGGUGGAUGGGAGAGAUAAAUUGGCAUUCUUGUGCUAAAAGUUGUUUUUCUUGUCAAUUGUGUAAUAAAUAUGGAAUAUAUUGUAA